GCGCUACAGCAGCAUCAACAACACAAUGGAGCGACACUGAGCGCGCGCACGUCACAAUUAAGAGUUCACAGUGACAUGAAGGAUGUGUGAGGAAAUCAGCACUUAAUUAAUGAUUCUCGGUGUGCUCAUUCACUGCUACUGAACAUUUAGAUUUGUGUGCAUCUCAGAUCAGAGUGUGUGUGUGUGUGUGUGUGAUCGAGAGACAGCAUCACCAUCAUCAUCAUCAUCAUCAUCAUCCCGCGGAGGACAAAGACACAGAAAUGGGUCACAGCAGCGGCUGAUCUCAUGGGAACAAAGUCCUGCCUGCCGGAGAUUCACAGCGAGUGUGUGUGAGAGUGUGUGUGUGUGAGUGUGUGUGUGUGUGAUCUGUGAACCCCAAUGACUGGAAGGAAUCAGAUGGAGAUCAGCCUUCACACGCACAACAUCGGUCAGAUUUCACAAGCGCUGAUGACUGGCUCGAGAUCUUUGGACUUCAGUACUGUUCUUCAGAUAAGCUGUUCUCGCUCAGGUCUGUGAGGACGUCUCUCUUCUCCAAUCCUCCGUCAUGUGCGUCAGCUCUGGGUUCAUCCGGACGGCGGUCCUGCUCGCGUGUGUCGUCCUGCAGGCCCUCGGCGGGACGUUUGACCCCGACAGAGAGACGUGUUACUCUCGCCAGCACCGGGACGUCGGCGUAAACACGCGUGUGGCUCUGGAUCAGAAGGGAACCGUCAUGGAGGCCCGAGCGAAGCCGUCAGAGAAGGACUGCAUCCUGACCUGCUGCUCGGAGGACGUGAGGCCAGGUCUCAGGUGUAACCUGGUGGUGUAUAACCCGCCGCAGCGGCCCGGAGAUCAGAACUGCCAGCUGUUCCACUGUCCGAGCGAGAGGGACUGUCCGCUGAAGCCGGCCAACACUGGGAUCAACACCUACAACAUAUUCAAGGGUUUAACUCAUCCAACAACUAAAGCAAAUGGAAGAAUAACAGCCAAACCUGCAGCCAGUGUACAGACACAACUGACCACCACACCGACACCGACACCGACACCACCCACAACCACAAACACCACCACAAAAUCAACACCCACAUCUACAACAACACCUACGACUACAACACCACCACCUACAAAAUCAACACCCACAACCACCACAACAACAACAACAACACCACAACCCACAACCACCACGACUCCACCACCGACCACCAGCACCGAAGAACCGUUGACUGAGUCACAAUCGGCCGUGAUGCUCGUAACCAUCGCCAUGACGACCGCACCCGCUGCCACGACAACCACCACCACCACACAAUCCACCACAACAACAACAACCACUAGAAGCACCAGCACUAAAGCGCCGCGGCCUCCCGUCAAACCCAACAGAGGCAGAAAACCCAACAAACCACCCAGACCAGAACCACAUUCAGUGAAGCCCGUCAGAACGACUGUCACACACACACCCGCCACUACAACCAGCACAACUAUACCCACAACUACAACUACUACAACCACAACAACAGCUACAACUACCACAACUACUACAACAACAGCUACAACUACCACAACUACACCCACAACUACUACUACAACAACCACAACGUCUCCCACGCCUCCACCCGCCGAGCGACCGACCGCCGCAGUGCUCGAGACGGAGAGCGAUUCGAAGCGCCGGGGUUUGGGUUUGGGUUCGGUUCCGCUGAAGCCCAAGGUGUCGCGGAUGAUGUGGAAGAACAGCCUGGUGGCCAUCGUGGUGAUCACGCUCAUCUUCCUCGUGCUCAUCCUCGCUCUGGUGGCUCGUAAAGCCAUGGAGUCCUUCGACAGACGCCACUACACCCGCCUGGAGCUCAACGACCUGCACUACGAGGUUUAACACUCGCUGGGAGAAGAGCUUUGUAUUUUAAUAUGUUUAGGCUGUUUGGUUUCCACGCUUCGAGGAGAGAAAUAAAAAGCAAUACACUGAACUCAGGUCGCCUCAAACGAUGAAGGGAAGGCUGAGAUCUUGAUGUUUCUCAGACUGUACGAGCGUCUCGUUCUCUCAGUAAACAUUAACGUUCUGUUCUGUUGUGAGAAGCACUUCACGUGUAUUUCAGUGUCGUGGCUGUUGAUUUCACAGUGUUGUCGUGUCACAUGACUGCUGGAGAGAUUUCCACAUGCAUUUCAUAUUUUCAGUGUAAUUGAAGGAGUGUGUGGAUGUGUUCCUGUGCUCGUCCAGGCGGUGGCAGCAGCGGUCAGUCAUUCACAGCAUGCAGCAGAUUCACUAAAUCUGUCCAGUUCACUCAGUUUGUUUUCAUCUUAUUCUGCUUCGGUAUUUUCUAAUCUGUUAUUAUAUGUUGUUGGUAAUUUUUUUGGUGGGCCUUGGCUUUUACAGACACCUUAAUUUAAUGUGACUAUUUCUCUUGCAAGAAAUAAAAAGGAGUCUUUUUCAAUA